CCCCUGAUAGUUUUCAACUCGCUGCCUCUAUUCGUCUCCUGAGGAAAGCAGAGUCUCAAGUUGAGCAUUGGCUCUUCACUAACUCGCACAAGCGAAGAAACAAAAGGCCAAUCCAAUUUUAAGGAACAUGUUCUACAGAGGUGAUGGCCGUGAAAUGGGAGCAAAGCGUCAGCGGCUUGACCACCGUAUUGACCACCGGCUUGACCAGGGAUCUUCAUUCUAUGGGAGUUCCCCUGGUUCAAGUUAUAUGUUCAAUCCGACUCCUUCUGCAUAUGCUGGACAACCUCCACCUUUUCCUGUUGUCAAACUUCGUGGUCUUCCAUUUGAUUGCACAGAAGCUGAUGUUGCUGAGUUCUUCCAUGGUCUUGACAUCGUUGAUAUUCUUUUUGUUCACAAGAAUGGCAAGGUCACAGGGGAAGCCUAUUGUGUUUUGGGAUAUCCCCUUCAGGUUGAUUUUGCCCUUCAAAGGAAUAGGCAGAACAUGGGGAGGAGAUAUGUUGAGGUGUUCAGAAGCAAGAGGCAGGAAUAUUACAAGGCAAUAGCAAAUGAAGUUUCUGAUUCUCGUGGUGCUUCUCCUCGCAGAAAUGUCCCAAGGGCUAAAUCUUAUGAUGAAGGGAAGGACUCAGCAGAACAUACAGGGGUAUUGCGGUUGAGGGGAUUGCCAUUUUCAGCAGGCAAAGAUGAUAUAAUGGAUUUUUUCAAGGAUUUUGUGUUGUCAGAGGACUCGAUUCAUUUUACAAUGAACUCAGAAGGGAGGCCAACUGGGGAAGCAUUUGUGGAGUUUGCAAGUGCAGAAGAUUCCAGAGCAGCUAUGGCUAAGGAUAGGAUGACUCUUGGAAGUCGAUAUAUAGAGUUGUUCCCCUCAUCACAUGAGGAUUUGGAUGAAGCAGUUUCAAAAGGACGAUGAUUCCUUAUUAGAUCAUUGCCGCCAUUUGCUCUGCUGUACUUGUUUUGAUGUUCUACUUAAAAUGUCUGGAACUUUGCUCGAUUACUGUCUGUAAGUUUGUUUGGAAACACAAAUCAUACUUGUGGAAAAAGUCUUCCCUGUUUUGCUACUUUGCUUGCUUUAGAUAUUGGUUGAUACAUUAUCGGUUAAAGUGUACACUGGUCACUGGAAUUUACCGUCCAA